AUGUCUGAUAGUGAAGCCGAAACAAAAACUUUUAUCCUUCGUACUGCUGGGUUUGACGCUCGCUUUCCAAAUACCAAUCAAACUAAACAUUGUUGGCAAAAUUACGUAGACUAUUACAAAUGUAUUAGUGCACGUGGAGAAGAUUAUGCUCCUUGUAAACAAUUCUUUAGAGCUUAUCAUAGUUUAUGCCCUAAUGACUAUAUUUCAACGUGGGAUAACCAAAGAGAAGAAGGCAAUUUUCCCGUUAAUCUUAAACCUUGA